UUGUCUAAUAACAACCCUGCGGCAGCGGCGGCUCGUCUGUCAGAUUCUUUAGUUGGAACUUGCUGGAGUCGUCGUCUUGCGCCGAUGUUAACCUAAUAUUUGUACCUCAGUCCUGAACUGACACUACACGCUACACGAUGGAGUAUCUGUUCCAGGUGAAAAUCGGCGCUCUGAUCGGGUUGUUGCUCCUAACUCUUCUUUUUGGAUUUAUCCCCGCUCGGAUCAAAUGGUUCAGAGAGACAAAUGGGACAGAUGUUCAUGGCAUGGUUCUCAGUUUGAUCAGCUGCUUUGCUGGUGGGGUUUUCCUGGCAGCAUGUCUGCUCGACAUCAUUCCGGAUUAUCUGUCAGACAUUGGCACAGUGCUGGAUGCUCGGGAGGUGGAGACCUCCUUUCCCCUUCCAGAGUUCAUCAUAGCUGCCGGCUUCUUCAUGGUCCUCAUACUGGAGAAGAUUGUCCAGAGCUUCCGGGAGAUGAGAGGGGCUCGUGAGGAGAGGGCUCCCCUUUUGCAUGACCAUGGGCACGGCCACGGGCUAGCCACAGCCCGUGAUCUGGAGAGCAGCGGCCACCACGUUCAUGUAGACUUACAGGCUCACUCCUCCUUUCGUUCCUUCAUGCUCUUCCUGUCUCUCUCACUCCAUUCAGUUUUUGAGGGUCUUGCUAUUGGCCUGCAAAGCACUGACUCGAAGGUACUGGAGAUCUGCAUCGCUAUUCUUGUUCAUAAGAGCAUCAUCGUGUUCAGCCUGUCUGUGAAGCUGGUCCAGAGCACAGUUCACCCACUGUGGGUUGCCGCUUACAUCGUAGUGUUUGCCUUGAUGUCUCCUUUAGGCAUCGCCAUCGGCAUCGGUGUGAUGGAGGCUCAGCUGACAGCCGGACCUCUGAUCCAGGCCGUGCUGGAGGGGCUCGCUGCAGGCACGUUUGUUUACAUCACUUUCCUGGAGAUUCUCCCGCAUGAGCUGAAUUCCCCCGGGAAUCAGCUCCUUAAGGUGAUGUUCAUCCUGUUCGGCUUCACCAUCAUGGCAGGUUUGACAUUUUUGGGUUGAAACUGACAUUUCGUUACUUUCGGCUGACAUUGCCGUCAGGAUAUCCCUUGCAUCUGUUGUACAGCUCCCACAGAUUCACUUCACUUUGGUACACAGAGACAAACUUGAAGGAAGACGUAGCUUUGCUGCCACAGGGUUACACCUACUCCUGGAGUCGUUCAUAUCAAAGGAGCGUGACAACAUUUGGCAUUUUAUUGAUUUACGUUUUAACUUUUACAGUAUUGCAUAUUGAAAUACAGAGGACCAAGACAUGAAGAAUCAAUGUUAACAAAUGCUAUAAAAUACAUCAAAUAGUAUUAAAAAUAAUUGUAGGCGAACUUGUUUCUAAAAUGUGACACAUCCUAAUAUUUCCGUUCUAAUUUGCAUCUGUAUUUAACUUUGUGGUAAUUCACCAAUUUUUUUUAUUUUAAUGUACUUUUUCAAGAGUGCUUCCAUAUGGUUUCAUAUUUGUGUUUUAUUUAACCCACCGCCCAACUAAAUCAUGUGUUGCCAUUUAUUUAUUACAUAUUUUUAAGAGUUUUAUGCAUUUAUGCUUAAACAUGGAUUUUCAAGGGAGAAUUGGUACUGGGGGUUGUUGUGUAAGAGGGAAAAUAAAACAUAACAAUAAAUAAAUAUGAAUAUUUAA